AUGGCCUCCUUUCGGGCGCUUCGAUCUCAGUAUGCUUCUCUGCUGAAGCAGUUCACAUCCUCGACCAAGGAAUUCGAAGUCCUUGCUACAGUCCCCAAGAACCACGCUCCUCCGCCUAAAGUUCUCUACGUGUUGGACUCGUCGUUCAAUCCUCCCACCCGCGCCCACCUCCGCAUUGCCAGCUCCGCACUCCUGGAACAACUAGAGUCAGGCUCUCAUCUACUUCUUCUACUUGCUACCCAGAAUGCCGACAAGCCGUCUAAGCCUGCGCCUUUUGAGGACCGCUUGGCCAUGAUGGAACUCUUCGCGCAUGACGUCCGGUCGCACCUUGCAGCCAGACACUCUUCAUUACCCGCCUCAUCAACGGAGCAUAUUCCCACAAUUGAUAUCGCGGUUACAAAGAAGCCUUAUUUCAUUGACAAGGCAGCAGCCAUUGAAGCAUCGGAUCACUAUCCGUCCCCCUUGGAGCAAGUCCAUCUCAUCGGCUACGAUACACUGAUCCGGAUCUUCAAUACCAAAUAUUAUCCUCCGGAACACACGCUGAGGCCUCUCGCUGCCCUAUUCUCCCAACAUCGGUUGAGGGUAACAUUGCGGCCCGGUGAUGAAUGGGGUGACAGAGAAGAACAGGAGGAAUUUCUGGCCAGUCUUGCUCGUGGGGACCGAAAGACUGAAGGCGGCCAAAAGGAGUGGGCACAGAAAAUCCAGCUCAUCGAAGGCAGGAAGCCUGAUGACCCACCAGUAAGCUCCACCAGAGCUCGCGAGGCGGCACAAUCUGCUCCUGAAAACCUGGAAUGGUUAGUCCCGGACCAUGUGCGGCAAUUUGUGUUAUCAGAGAAGCCAUACUCGACAGAAAGUUCGGGCACCAGGAUAUGA